AUGUCUCCCCUGGAUAUGAUUUUCCUAACCAUCCUUCUUGAAUUAUUAACGUCAGAAGGACACAGUGAUAUAGUAUCAAGAGCAAGGAAAAUUGCUGAAGACGACCCAACCCUAAACGAAGCACCGUGGAAACUUGUAGGCAACGGAAAGGCAAACAAACGAAGAAGAACCGAAGAAACGUCCAAAGAAACCGAACUAGAAGCAAACCAGAACUCAAGAGCAGCACCCAAACCAAUGCCAAGGACCAUAUUCAAGACCAAAAAACCAGUGGAUCGUCCCACUUAUGCUUUCAUUGCCGCACUGGAAAAGAAUAAUCCAGGAUCAGAUCUUAGAGCCAAGCCCGACAUUAAAGGAAAUGAUGCUCUUGAAGGAUGCUGCUGGUGUAGGCAUGAGAGUCUUCCUGAUGACUGUGCGGCUGGGGGCGAUUACUAUGCCCCCGAGAACGACGACCAUGCCCCGUGCAGGGGUAACAACUAUGCCCCUGGGGGUGACAACUAUGCCCCUGAGGGUGAUAAUUAUGCCCCUGGGAGCGACAACUAUACAACUGGGGGUGACAACUAUGCCCCUGGGGGUGACAACUAUGCCCCUGGGGGUGACAACUAUGCCCCUGGGGGUGACAACUAUGCCCCUGGGGGUGACAACUAUGCCCCUGGGGGUGACAACUAUGCCAAUGGGAGCGACAACUAUCCCCCUGGGGGUGACAACUAUGCCAUUGGGGGUUACAACUGUGACCCUGGGGGUGACAACUAUGCCCCUGGAGGUGACAACUGUGACCCUGGGGGUGACAACUAUGAUUCUUGGGUGACAACUAUGGCCCUGGGGGUGACAAUUAUUUACUCUGGGGGUGAGAACUAUGUUCUUGGGAGUGACAACUAUGCCCCUGGGGGUGACAACUAUGCCCCUGGGGGUGACAACUAUGCCCCUGGGGGUGACAAUUAUGCCCCUGGGGGUGACAACUAUGCCCCUGGGGGUGACAACUAUGCCCCUGCGGGUGACAACUAUGCCCCUGGGGGUGACAAUUAUGCCCCUGGGGGUGACAACUAUGCCCCUGAGGGUGACAACCAUGCCCCUGGGGGUGACAACUCUGCCCCUGGGGGUGACAACUGUGACCCUGGGGGUGACAACUAUGCCCCUGGGGGUGACAACUAUGCCCCUGGGGGUGACAACUAUGCCCCUGGG